AUGCCCAAAGUCGAUCCGGAGCUACUGGCUCCCUUGGCAAAGAUUUCAGACAUCCUUUUAAAAAGACCCGGAAAAGUCUGCAUAGACUCAAUAAAACGAUUGUCGAACAUUUACGGCUUCGAAACAUUUACAGAUACGCUCAAGGUGGAUACAAAGCCCGGCAGCAUAGAGAAAAACCUCGUGUAUACAAUUGAAUCACACGCCGGCACCCCCAUAGGUCCAGAUAGCGAAGAUCAGCUAGUGCAUAGGCUAUCGCUAAGCGGUAAAAUCUUGUUGAUCGAUAUAGAUUUCUACAAAGACAAGGUCAGGGCCGUCUCGAUCUCAAGUGCGAUUAACAUCCAGCCCAUUGAGGGUAGAAUGUACGAUUUUCUCAAGGGAAGCGACAGGUUUGACUCCGUGCAGCGGAUUCUUCUGCGAAAUCUACAAAAUGCCACUCUAGACCAGUUCAACAAGAAUUUGCGAAUCCUCAGCCAGUUCGACCGUCUAUCGAUGAACUCACCGAACGAUUUGUUCAACUUCUUUAACCAACUUGCGUACAACCUUGUCUGUGCGCAUAACUACGAUGUGGAGGUACUUGGUGUGAAAAGCAAGGAGGAAUUCAAAGGUUUUAAAAGCCAUCCAUUAACGCUUGAAGAGACCAAGAUAGAUACAGAAGCUGGAUACAGCGGGAUCGGGCAGCUGCUCAUGAACCAGCAGAACAAAAUUGGUCUUUUUUUACAGUAUUGGGAGGAUAACCGCUUUGUAAACCGGCAGUUGGACCAAGACAAAGACAUCCAGACCCAGGAGUCGCUCAAUCCGUAUCAGAUACACUUUAAAAUUACGGAGAACGUGCACUCGGAACGGUCUGAGCAUGCCGAUUCCGAGUCUCCGGCUAUUUCCGCCAGUGGGAAGGAUCCAGACGCAAUGGAUGUGGCAGAAAUUACAACAGAGAACGGAAACGGUUCAAACUUGAAACCCAAGUGGUUUCAGGACGGAAGAUGGACAAUCGGCCAAGCAGACGCGAUUUUGAACUCGAAUCUCGAACUUUUAGUGCUUGAAAUGUGUCCAAGUGUGUGGAUACCCGAAGAUAUGUUGAUGGAGCUUGGAAUCGACCGAUACGAAGUGCGAUCAAAUGACAACGACUUCUUCAACGAUAACCAGCACCAAGACCUCAAGGACCCUGUGUUAGACGGCUUAUAUAUGUGCGUAAACAGGCAGCACAGCGUGGAUCUGGAUCUGGCGGCUGGAAGCAAGCAGUUCAGGCUUGAAUUCUUGGUUGGAUGUCCUAUGGUGAAGAUUUUCAAGAUUACAAUCGAGCAUAUGAACAAAAUCUCGGCACUACUUGGCAACUUGCGGACUUGGUGCCUUGUAAACAGUAUAAUGCGCAAUCUCGUGGCUGAAAGCAGUCCCGAAACAAUCAUGAGAAUUGAAAAUGGAGGCCAGACUGCUCGUCUGCACCCAGAUGGGCUUGCUGAUGCCAGUAAAGCGGCAAUUCCUCUUCCAGACAAGCCUGAAAAGACUGAUGUGGUAUCAAUUGACGAGGAAUUGCGGUUGGAUGUUGUUCUCAGGGAUUACGAGACCGAGAAGGAAGACCAACAGGCAGAAAAUUUGACAGAUACUGAUACAGCAAUGUACACAAUUGCUGUCCAGAAUAUUAGAUGCAACGAACUUGUAUUGCGGACUGGAAAAGGGGUGUUUACGAUUAAAAACGGACUUGUGUACCCCAAAACAGAGGCAGAAGAGUACCCGGCCAGAAUUCUUAACAAAACUGAAAUGAUUUCGAGGAUUUUCAGCUGA